UAUAAAUCGUGCACAGUCACGAAUCAAACCACAGGAGACUCCAAAAUAUCCAUAUACUAAGCAGAGGCGAUAAGCGGAGCUGGCAAAAGGGAGGAGACAUUAAAUGUGCUUUCUUUAUAACCGAUUCUUAAUUAGUAGUGCACAAAACUGAAACUUGUGUACAAACUCCGUUCUUCCCCCGAAAUCAUAUAACAAAAAACAAAAAAUAAAAUAAAUAAAUCCAUUGCGCUCGGGGUUUACGCACAGACUGCAGAUUUUGUCGUGGUGGGGAAAAGUGAAAUCAAAGUACAAAAAACUUCAACAAGAUAAGUUGUAGAUGGGCUGUAAGUCAGCAAUGAAGACUGGGUUUCUAUGCAGGCAGUGGGGGGUACUGGUGGUGCUCCUCAGCCUCUGGCUGCCCCAGAGCUUCUCCCAGCAGACAACCUCUCCUCCCCCUCAGCAGAAGAACAAGCUCAAGGUCCGACUUGCCGGGUUCCCCCGAAAGCACAACGAGGGGCGCAUCGAGGUUUUCUACAACGAGGAGUGGGGCACCAUCUGUGAUGACGACUUCUCAACAGAGAAUGCCCAUGUGCUGUGCCGGCAUUUGGGCUUCAUCUCCGCAACGGGCUGGACACACAGCUCCAAGUACGGCAGAGGAGCAGGGAAAAUCUGGCUGGAUAAUGUUCAGUGCAGUGGCAGUGAGAAGAGCAUCGCAGACUGUAGGUCUCGUGGCUGGGGGAACAGCGACUGCACUCAUGAUGAAGACGCCGGGGUAAUCUGCAAGGACGAGAGGCUUCCUGGAUUCAUGGAGUCCAAUGUUAUUGAGGAGGUAGAAGAACGAGUGGAGGAGAUCAGGCUCAGGCCUUUGGGUGCCAUGGCUAAGAAGAGGCUGCCUAUCACUGAAGGUAUUGUGGAGGUCAAGUACAAGGGCAGCUGGGCUCAGAUCUGCGAUGAUGGCUGGACUCCCAAAAACUCACGUGUCAUCUGUGGCAUGUUGGGAUUCCCACAGGAGAGAAAGGUCAACAAGAAUUUCUACAAACGAAUAAAAAAGAGGGACGCUAAGACUAAAGGCAAGAUUAUUGGGUCCGGCAACAGGGAGAAAUCCAAACCUAAACCAAAGCCUAAGUCUAAAUUGAAUGAGGACGCUGAGUCAGGCACAAGGUUGUUCGCAAAAAGACAGCAAAACAAGUACCGUCUUCACUCUGUGGCCUGCACUGGUAAUGAGGUUCACUUGUCAGUGUGCCCUUUGCAGUUCUACAAGAUUAAUGCCACCAGGGCCUGUGAGGGGGGCACGCCUGCUGUGGUCAGCUGUGUGCCAGGGCCGCAGUUUUCCCUUGGCAACAGCCAAAAAAAGAAGACGCAAAGUAUGUUCCGUGUACGAUUAAAGGGUGGCGCCAAAACCGGAGAGGGGCGUGUGGAGGUCCUGAAGGAGAACGAGUGGGGGACAGUGUGUGAUGACCGCUGGAACCUGCAGGCUGCCAGUGUGGUGUGCAGAGAGCUGGGCUACGGCACUGCCAAAGAGGCGCUGACUGGAGCACGCAUGGGGCAGGGAAUGGGUCCCAUGCACAUGAAUGAGGUUCAGUGUUCCGGCCAAGAAAAAUCCAUCUGGAACUGCCAGUACAAAAACAUCACGACCAACGACUGUCGGCAUGUCGAGGAUGCCUCUGUGAAGUGCAACAUCCCUUACAUGGGAUACGAAACCUUGAUCCGUCUGAGAGGCGGGCGCAAUCGCCAUGAGGGCCGAAUGGAGGUGAUGACGGGGGUAGAUGGCAAUGGCAUUGAGCAGUGGGGGCUCAUUUGUGGAGAAGGCUGGGGUAUCAAGGAGGCCAUGGUGGCCUGUCGCCAGCUGGGCCUCGGAUUUGCUAACAGCGGCUUGCAAGUCCGGAUUGUCGGAGGAAGAACUACAUACGAAGGCAGAGUGGAAAUUAAGAAGGGUUCCAAGUGGGGCUUUAUUUGCAGUGAUGGCUGGACUUCUAAAGAGGCAAUGGUAGUGUGCCGUCAGCUAGGGCUCGGCUACUCCCUGCAUGCUGUCACAGAAACGUGGUACUGGGAUGGCAGCAAUGUGACAGAGAUGGCGAUGAGUGGGGUGAAGUGCACAGGAAGCGAAAUGUCACUCAGUCAUUGCCAACACCACGGGGACAGUGUCAACUGCAAAAGCACUGACACACGCUUCGCUGCAGGGAUCAUCUGCUCUGAAACUACCUCUGACUUGGUUCUGAACGCCCCCUUGGUCCAGCAGACUGUUUACAUCGAGGACCGGCCUCUGCACAUGCUGUACUGCGCCGCCGAGGAGAACUGUCUGUCCAGCUCUGCCAGCAAGGCCAACUGGCCGUACGGACACCGGCGUCUGCUGAGAUUCUCCUCCCAGAUCCACAACAUCGGCCUCGCAGACUUCCGACCCAAGGCCGGCCGCCACUCCUGGGUGUGGCAUGAAUGCCAUAGGCAUUAUCAUAGCAUGGAUAUCUUCACUCAUUACGACAUUCUAACUGUGAAUGGCACCAAAGUGGCUGAAGGACACAAAGCCAGCUUCUGUCUGGAGGACACAGAAUGCCAGGAAGGAGUUUCAAAGAGAUACGAAUGUGCUAACUUUGGAGAACAGGGCAUUACUGCGGGCUGCUGGGAUUUGUACCGCCAUGAUUUCGACUGUCAGUGGAUUGACAUCACUGACAUCAAACCAGGAAACUACAUUUUCCAGGUUGUCCUUAACCCAAAUUUUGAGGUGGCAGAAAGUGAUUUCACCAACAACGCUAUGAAAUGUAACUGUAAAUACGAUGGAGACCGGGUCUGGUUUCACAACUGCCAUAUUUGUGAUGCCUUCAGCGAAGAGGCUGAAAAGCAGUUUGAACAGUAUCCAGGACAGAAUAACCAAAUCUAACUUCCAGUGGAAAGACGGAUGGAUUCUCCAAGUCACAGAAACGGCGGGGCAUUUAUCGAACUUAAUUUGAAACUAUUUACCAAACACUUUCAAAGUAACCUAGUGGAACAUUCAUCAGACCAUAUAAAGCUGAAAUACAAUGACACACAAUAUUUGUACUGAAAUUAAUAUGCCCCUACAUUGGUAUUAUAUCUCAAUUGAAAUCCUUUUGAAUGACUGUGUUAUCUAAUAGAGUAAAUCUUGCAGAUGUCUACACAUGCAGUAUGUACUUGAAUAUUUAGACAUGUUCCUUGUUGAAAUAGACCUGUUUCUUUAUCAUGUACUACCAGAAGAUUUGUAAAUGCAACCUAGUUUUAAAAGAAUACUUCAAUUUGAUGUACAAAGUGAUUAGCACUACCUUAUUAGGCAUGUUUCUUUUAUUAAUGCACAGCUAACAAGAGAAGGAUUACAUAAUGUUAAUAAGUCAGAAUUGAAAUGAUAUAUUUAAUUUAUUCAAACAAAUUAGAUGUAGGUGAAAUAAAAUGGGACUUUCCUUGACCAUCAUAACCAUAUUCCCUGUGAAAAAGUGUGCCAGUAUGUCCCUUAAAUUAGGAUCACCCUAGAAUAAAUUCCAGGUUGUUUUCUUAAAGGUGUUUACUAGGGGCAUCACGCCACAAUUUAUUGGCACUUUAUAAAUGAAAGGUAGAUAUUCAUUGGGAGUAGAAGAGCAAACAUUUUUUUAGCUGUGAGAAGGUUGUACUCUUGAAGGAAAUCUGGUAUUAUUAGCAAGGAAACCUCGCCAUUCACUGCCUUGUGCCAAAACAGACAGGGGUUCUUGUCAGAGUAAAGCAAGUAUCUCUUAACUCAUGUGUUUAUUUAGUCCACAUUUUAGGAAUAUUUUCUAUUUGUGAAUUUAUUUGGUUGUUAGGCAUGCUAGCUAAUUCAUUUUCAACAGUAUUUCUAUUUUUUUUAAUAUGUUAAUGUGUGUUAAACUCCAUUUGAAAGCUUGGGAUUUUUUUUAACAUUUUCUUUCUGGGAAUUGUAGCAAUUCUUUUUCCCCCCUCAUAUUCACUCCACACACACACACACACACACACACACACACACACAUCCAUUGCUAACUAUUUAUUGUCCAUCUAAAAGGUGCUCAAUCUUGCUGCAGGGUUUUCAAUUAUCAGUCACCGUUCUUAUUUAUGCUGGUCGUGUGCACCAUAUUGUACAACUAUAUUUUAUGCAACUGAAAAUGGGCUGCUUGAUUUUCUCCAGUUUACGUGA